CCGGUUCUGCUGUCUUAUAUGUUGGCGGGAAACCCUGGCCGUCUGUCAGCAGUCAGGGCAAGGGAUGGAAAUCAGAAUGCCCCGGGUCCUGAACGGAAUCGUGGCGGUGUGCCCCAACCUGGGCAUAGGGAAGGAUGGGAAGCUGCCCUGGCACCCUGUCCGGCUCAGCAAGGAAUUUGCACAUUUCCGAAAGAUGACAGCCACACCGUCAGUAACAGGGAGGCAGAAUGUGGUGAUUAUGGGCAGGAAGACCUGGUUCUCAAUCCCAGAGAAGAACAGACCCCUGAAAGACAGGAUCAACAUUGUUCUCAGCAGGGAGAGCAAAGUGCCACCUGCAGGAGCACACUACCUGGCGGCAGACUUCUGCUCAGCUCUAAAAAUAGUUGACACAGAGCUGGCAGAACAAGCGGAUCAGGUCUGGGUCAUUGGAGGAAGCUCUCUAUACAAGGAGUUGAUGCUGAGCCCAGGAACCAGGAGGCUGUUUGUCACACGAGUCCAGCAGCAGUUUGACUGUGACACGUUCCUCCCUGAAAUUAUUCUCGACAAAUAUCAGCUGCUGUCAGAGUUUCCAGGAGUUCCAAAAGAGCUUCAGGAGGAGAAUGGAAUCCAGUACAAAUUCGAAGUGUACGAAAGCAUUUAAACAAUGAUUUAAUACUUGGGAUAAAAGACAAGUUGGUGGCAGAGAGUUGUGGAUACUCUGGAUACAUCCCAGGAAGAAUGAAGAGAUUUUGUAAUGACUGGAUGUACAACACACAACUUGCAGCAAAUGUUAAGUAUUGAUGUUUUAAUUACUGGGCCAUAAUGAUAUUGUGUGAGGCAGCCCUUUCUAAAAUGUUGACUGUGAGUUUAAAGACAUUUGCUGGUCAAGAGGGCCAUGUUUCUUCACAGCAUUGUAGGCGGAUAAGGAAAUUGUAUAUUGCUUCCGUGCAAUUAGCUGUUUUCAUGAAAGUUAAAGUGAAUAUUUAAAAAAAUGAAAUGCCAUGAUCUUGAAAUAAUUUCACUGUUUAUUCCAUCUUCUGCACACAUUUUCUGUUUAAUGUCUGCAGCAAAAGGGGCGCCCAGCUACUGUAGGCAGGAUGUAUAAUUAGUGGUGUGAGUGUGUUUUUUUUUUUUUGUUUUUUUUUUUUUUUACUCAUUUACUAACAACUAUAUCUGAAAUCCUCACAGCUGUAUAACUGAAAACAAUGUUGAAUAGGCCAGAUCAUAUCAAACGUUUGGGUUUUGGAAAUUUUGAGUUUGAAAUAAAAUCCAAAUCUUUUAAAACAUG